GGCGGGGGCGGUGCCCGGGGCGGGGCGGGGCGGGCGGGCCGCGGGCGCACUGCGGGAGCCCCGACGACCGCGUCCCUCGCCGCCGCCGCGAUGGGGCAGAUCGAGUGGGCCAUGUGGGCCAACGAGCAGGCGCUGGCGUCAGGCCUGAUUCUCAUCACGGGGGGCAUUGUGGCCACCGCCGGCCAGUUCACGCAGUGGUACUUCGGCGCGUACUCCAUCGCGGCAGGCCUGUUUGUGACCCUGCUGGAGUACCCCCGGGGGAAGCGGAAGAGGGGCUCCACCAUGGAGAGAUGUGGACAGAAGUUCAUGACGAAAGUGGUGAAGAUGUUCGGGCCCCUCUCCAGGAAUUACUACAUCCGGGCCUUCCUGCACCUCGGGCUGUCGGUUCCUGCUGGCUUCCUGCUUGCCACCAUCCUGGGGACAGCCUGCUUGGCCAUCGCGAGCGGCAUCUAUCUGCUGCCCCUCCGUGUCCCACAGGCGGCUGUCCGCGGGGAGCAGUGGACCCCGAUUGAGUCCAAGCCGAAGGAGAGGCCGCCGGCGGGGGGCGCCAUCCAGCAGCCGCCCACCAACCCCCCACCCCGGCCCCCCGCCGAGGCCCGCAAGAAGCCCAGCGAGGAGGAGGAGGGGGCAGCGGCGGGGGUCCCUGGCGGCCCCCAGGAAAACCCCAUCCCCGUGACCGACGAGGUCGUGUGACCGCGCCUGGAGGUGCCCUGUGACCGCGCCCCCAAGUGGACCCGCAGAAGCUGUGCGUGGCUCUUCCUGGGCACCCAGACCCGAGGGAGCCCAUGCGCAGCCGCCCAGCCCGCGCCCACCCUCAGCAGCCGCGUCUCUGGUUCCCAGGGGCGCCCUUCCCUUCCCUGAAACACGGCAGCUGGAAUUCCAA